AUGCAAAUAUUCGUGAAAACACUCACUGGCAAGACCAUUACUCUCGAGGUCGAGAGCUCUGACACCAUCGACAAUGUUAAGGCAAAGAUCCAGGACAAGGAAGGAAUUCCUCCGGACCAGCAGAGACUUAUCUUCGCCGGUAAACAGCUUGAAGAUGGCCGUACCUUGGCCGAUUACAACAUCCAGAAAGAAUCAACCUUGCACUUGGUUCUCANGUUGAGAGGUGGCAUGCAGAUCUUUGUCAAGACUCUGACUGGCAAGACCAUCACACUCGAAGUUGAAAGCUCCGACACUAUUGACAANGUCAAGGCAAAGAUCCAGGACAAGGAAGGGAUUCCUCCGGAUCAGCAGAGGCUUAUCUUCGCCGGUAAGCAGCUCGAAGACGGAAGGACUCUUGCUGACUACAACAUCCAGAAGGAGUCGACCCUCCACCUUGUCCUUCGUCUUCGCGGUGGUAUGCAAGUCUUUGUCAAGACUCUGACAGGGAAGACUAUCACCCUCGAAGUGGAGAGCUCAGACACCAUUGACAAUGUCAAGGCGAAGAUCCAAGACAAGGAAGGAUUCCUCCGGACCAGCAGAGGCUUAUCUUCGCCGAAGGAGUCGACUCUGCACUUGGUGCUCCGUCUGAGAGGUGGUAUGCUAAUCUUUGUGAAGACUUUGACAGGCAAGACUAUCACCUUGGAGGUGGAGAGCUCGGACACAAUUGACAAUGUGAAGGCUAAAAUUCAGGACAAGGAAGGGAUCCCACCAGACCAGCAGAGACUCAUCUUUGCUGGGAAACAGCUUGAGGAUGGUCGGACACUUGCUGAUUACAAUAUCCAGAAGGAAUCAACCCUUCACCUUGUGCUUCGGCUUCGUGGUGGUAUGCAAAUCUUUGUGAAGACUUUGACAGGAAAGACUAUUACCUUGGAGGUGGAGAGCUCGGACACAAUUGACAAUGUGAAGGCUAAGAUUCAGGACAAGGAAGGAUCCCUCCGGACCAACAGAGACUCAUCUUCGCUGGGAAACAGCUUGAGGAUGGUCGGACUUUGGCUGACUACAACAUUCAGAAAGAGUCGACUCUUCACUUGGUUCUUCGUCUUCGUGGUGGAAGCUUCUGAGAUGUUGUGA